AUGGCCUCCCACGACGUCGUCUCAUUUGCCCUGGAUGUCCAGAGAGAGUACGAUCCUUCACAGCCAUUACUCAUUGACGCCAAUCACCCUGAUAGAUCUCUAAAUGGCGCCCAGAUAUCCUUGUUGGUCCGUACCUUGAUUGCUGGCCUCACGGCUCAGGGACUUGAAAAGGGAGACUGUGUCCUGGUGAAUAUGGGGAAUAAUGUCUUGUAUCCGCCACUCUUCCUAGCUAUAAUCGGCGCAGGUGGAGUCUAUAUAGGCUCCAAUCCCCGUAUCCCACCUGAUGAAGUGGACCAGAUGGUGAAAUUGAGCCGGGCUCGGUGGAUUAUCACUGAACAGGACAGCCUUUCUACCAUAAAAGGCAUUGCCGACAAGAACCGGAUCAAUCACAUUUUUAUCAUUGAUGAGGCAGAUAUCACAACCACCAUUGCCGUGAUACAGGGGACAAUAAGCCUCUUACCCCAGGCAAAUUCAGAUCCUACUUCGUUCCUCUCCCUUCUUAAUUUUGGAACCGGCGAUCCAGUCUUGAUUGCCGAUGAAGAAAUGGCCAGAUCUACCCCUGCUGCACUAUACACUACGAGCGGGACGACAGGGCUCCCCAAAGCAGCAGUUCUUUCGCACGCCUCGUUCAUUUCCCAGCAUCACUCAAUAGUAGGAACGAGCCCACCGCCGUAUGCUAUCAGACGCCUCGUCUGCCUGCCAUUCUAUCAUGGAUUUAGUGCAGUCUUCACGCACCUGUUCCCCGUCCGAUAUGGAUAUCCCUUCUACAUCCUGCCUGACUUCCAGCUACCAGUCUUCCUGAGGGCAGUGCAACGAUAUGCCAUCACUGAAACAUACCUCGUCCCUGCAAUGAUAUAUAUACUCAAUCAGGCGCCUGAAGGGCUGCAGGUCUCCAUUGCAUUGGCAUCAAUGCGAUACAUUGGCAUAUCAGGGGCUCCCAUCGAUCCAGCCGCCAUGGCAUACCUGCAGGAUAAUCACUUACAUCCACACGCGUGUGCAGGCCAGAUAUGGGGCAUGACGGAGACGGCACUCGUCUUUCAGAACCGAUACCCAGCCUCUGGCCGACGAGAAGACCAGGGGGAUUUAAGAAGUAUUGGCACCCUCGCAACCAGAUGGGAGGUGAAGAUUGGAGAAGCAAAAAAAGAAGCUUCCAUCCAGGAACUGGUGCCCGGUCAACUUUACGUCCGCGGGCCAGGCCUGGUCAGUGGGUAUCUAGGCCAUACCGAGCCAUUUGUCGACAGUCAGGGAUGGUUCGCAACAGGUGAUCUAGCUUAUGUUGAUGAAAAGCAGCAAUACUUCAUUCUUGGCCGAACAAAGGAGUUGAUUAAAGUGAGGGGGUACUCCAUCUCCCCCGGUGAGAUUGAAAAUGUCCUGCUGAAACACCCGGGCAUUGCUGACGCUGCUGUCAUGGGUAUCACCCUUCCUGAUGGCACGUCGGAAGCCCCGCGCGCGUAUGUAGUACAGGGUGAGGAUAUAAAACUCACAUCGCAUCAAGUGUAUGAGUUUGUGCAGCAACAGAUGGCUAGUUAUAAAACACUGGAUGGCGGGGUGGUUUUUGUGGAGAGUAUUCCCCGCACGGUGACGGGUAAAGUGCGUAGGGGGGAGUUGACCAGAUUGAAUGGGCGGAGAGAGGCAUUGGCUGGUUUGUUAGGAGGAAGAGGGCACUCUGGAUGA